GAAAGUGACGAUAGCCCUUGGUUCAAUGGGCUGGAUACCAGAAGCCUGUCUGCUGUUGAGUACAGCAGUGAAAGCCUGGGCAAGGUGCCAAUUGGACAAGAUGCCAGCUGCUCAAGAGCACAAGGUUUGAAUAGGUUUAGGAGUAAAAGCAAGGAAACACUCAUGAUUUUCCUGGGUGAGGAAGGAGAUUCCAGACCAUCACAGAAAAUCAUGGAUGCAGAGCGUAGUUUAGUCUUUAAAGAACCUGCUGAGAUCCUGGGUUUCCGGGGCCUGGGCAGAACACAGGGCCCAUUGCCCCGAAAAGGAAUUCUAAAGCAGUCAAAUAUGCUGGGAGUCGAGGUUGAAAAUCUCCGGAAGGCCAGGUCAGCUGAGGCGCUAGUCCAGAAUAGGUCAGCUCAUCUUUCUUCUCAGCAAAAAGAGAAAGGGGACAAGGGCAGAAGGGCUUCUUUUCAGGGUAAGCAGUCAGCAGGAGCACAGAGAAUCAUAGAGGAGAAACUUAAGUUUUCAAAGUUUCUGGAUGAGAUCACUUAUCGAGUACUGAGUCCGUGCAACCUUCAGUCAUUAAGAGCUGCGAAAGGCAAAGGGUUAGUGAAUAAUCAGUGCUCACUGGGGGCAAACCAAGACAUUGGUCUCCAGUCCAGAGACUGCCAGGGAGAAAUGCAAGAGGCUAAGAGAGAUGGGUUGGCCAGAGGGUUGGGGGUAAAUCGAGAUCUGUCUGAGUGGAAGAAGAGAAACUGUAUGGAAAUUGGGUUUCGAUCCAGGAAGGGGUUCCAGGAGAUGAAGCGAGAUGCAACUCCCAAAAUGGUUAGAAAGCAAAGCCUAGUAAAAAAGAAUAGUAUUGAGAAGUAUUCUAAUGCAGAGAGAGAGGUGAUAGACGUGCGGAGAGAAGCUAUGGAGCAAUAUCCUAAGUGUACAGGGGAGCGAGUCAAAACAGGAAAAGAUAGAGAGAAAAAAAGAACCCGGUUGUGGAGAGAGGAUAAUGAGGAAGGAUAUGCAGUGGAUGAAAAGGGUGCACAUGAAGUGUGGCCUCAGUAUCUUGAAGCUGGAGACAGCCAGAAGGAUGUUCUCGACAAAUGUCGAGCUUCCCUAAAUCCAGCUCUGGAUUCAGAUCAGGAUACACAUUUGGCUGCCCUGCAAAUGGCAUCUAUCAUCAUUGGUCUGCAGAAGAAGGAACCAUUAUCCGAUGGAGACCUAAUUAAACAAUUACAGCAGCAGAAUGAAGAGCUGCGUCGACAUUUGAACCACACCACCCACAAGCUGGAGAUGAUGGAGUCCGACUUCGAAUCCAGCCGACAUUACCUCGAGACGGAGCUGAACCACGCCCGGGAAGAGAUGGACAAGUUGAGGGACAAGUUCCGCAGAUUACAGAACAGUUACACUGCGUCACAACGAACAAAUCAGGACCUAGAGGAUAAACUUCACGCUCUGAUUAAAAAAGCCGAGAUGGAUAAGAAGACUCUGGAUUGGGAGAUUGUGGAACUGACAAACAAGUUGCUGGAUGCAAAAACAACCAUUGACAGACUGGAAGAAUUGAACGAGCGUUAUCGACAGGACUGUAACCUUGCUGUUCAGCUACUGAAGUGCAACAAAUCUCACUUCAGGAACCACAAGUUCUCAGAUCUUCCAUAUGUACUUCAGGAAAUGGUGAACAAGCACAUGGAGAGCAGCACUGAGCUCCAGUCUGAGAAGGAGUCAUCGCCAUUACUCGUGCCCUCGGAUGUUGUUCCAACGUCAGUCAUCGCCAGAGUCUUGGAGAAACCGGAGCCGCUAAUCCUGAACUCUGCCCAGUCGAGCAGUGGCAAUCAGCCCAUGGCAGAGGAUGUCUUUGUCCAUGUGGACAUGAGUGGGAACACGAAUGGGGGCAGGGGUUCAGGGAAAGAAGGGGAGCAGGAGACAGGAAAACCGCCCAAUGGAGUGUGCAAGAGGCAGAACAGUACAGACGGUGCGCCAGAUGAAACUGCCACCUUCGAAAGGCUGAACCCUUAUCCCACGCCACCGCAGAACCUCUUCCCUGGGCGCAAAGCAGUCAUUGAGUUCUCUUCUGACGACAAGGUGAAAAUACCAAAGAACAGCCCAUUGCCGAACUGCACGUAUGCCACCAGGCAAGCCAUAUCGCUCAGCCUGGUCCAGGGGGAGGAAGAUGGAUUUGAGCGCCAUCGAACUGUACCCAACAGCCCUUCAUCAGAUGGCAGGAGGUCGGCGCAGGUAUCCAGCAAGCACCUUCCACAGUCUCCAAAGCCAGGCACUCCCAAAUGUUCUGGGAAUGAGCUGCGGUCCACUCAGUCCAGUCCCUUCAGCAGCCCCCCGCAAGUCCCCAGCGCGUUUGCCAGCUCCACCAGUUCGGAGGAAGACUUGAUGGCCAACUGGCAACGCAUGUUUGUUGAGAAGGUGGCGCCAACGUCCGAAAGGGUCAUCGCCCACCGGACCUCCUUCAGCAGUGAGACGGCCAGGCAGCUGCAGAACAGCCUGGACAGCAGGAUGGAUGGAGGCAGUGAGCGGCAGCUACUCUACUCUGACGGAGAGGAGUCUGGGCACAGUUACAGCUGGACAGCCAGUCGGGAUUCCAGCCUGGACACAGACAGCACUGAGUCCAAAGUUCGCAGAGGGAGGUUAAUGACUGAUUACGGUGCAGAGUUCUCACUUGAGGAGGGGGAGCAACUACUGUUGCACACAGCGAGUGGGAAUCAACCAGUCAGCCAGCCCAGCUCCAGCUCCCCACAGAAACACAAGGAGUACGUGGAGGUGGGCUCUGGAGGCAGCUCGGCUGAGGAGCGGCACGUCCAACUGCAGGAAAGCCACAGCACGGAGCCUGAGGAGCUUGUGGAAAUCGAGGACAAGCCAUCAGCUAUCCUGGUGGGACGUCAGCAGAAGAGCCCCAAGAGGAUGGGAGUCCAUCACUUGCUGCGAAAGGAUAGCUUAACAAGAGCGCAGGAACAGGGAACACUCCUGGACUAGAGCAAGAAGAACUUCAACACUAACCCUGUGUUCACAGGCAGUGAAAGCUGCUACAAUGCAAAACUGUCAGCCACAGCAAAAAAAGAAAUCCUUUUUAACAUU